AUGUCCAUUGUGGGCAAGUUUCUGUUCGUUUCUGGUCAAGUAAUUGUGUUAAAGGUGGUAGAUCUUGACCUAAAAACAACUUGCGAGGAACCUGGAGUCCACUACCUCCCAAUUACCCCAUUGUUUGCUUCAUUUUGUGCUCCGUGUGUUGCAGAAGCAGUGGCCACUGAUGACGAGUGUAAUUUUUUUGUUCUGGGAAAGAAAAUCUACAAUACGUUCACUUCCUCAAGCGAAGACGUUGAGAUCCCUUGCGUCUAUGACCACUCAAACCCAAGAUUUUCUGCAAUUGCGGAAGCGUCAAAAAAGGCACUGAUCUUUAGCGCUGCUGGAGAAUUGUUCAUAGGCGAGAACCUUGCACAAAUAAUUUGCACCGAGGUCGAUUGGGUAUUUCCAAAAGUGAAGAAUGAACAGGUUUCGCCUGGAAAAAGCAUGCGCAGGCAAAAGUUUCUGAGCAUAGAGGAGAAGUACGUAGGCAAGAAGUCAAACAAUAGGCGCAAAGUCAACAAUACGUCAUCAUCGUCAUUACAAAUAGUGGUGGUUGAUGACAAUGAAUCUCACAAAAAAGUUUGCACAGAGCUGGGUCCACUGAACAGGCCCAUCACAAGAGCAAAAGCCUUACAAACGACGAUGGAUCAAGUUAACAGAAAGGGGAAAGGACCCGAGUUGCCAUGUUCCAAUGACGAAGAGGAAGACCUUGAUCUUGAUCACUGA